UAUUUUUUUUCAACAGAUUUAUAGUAAAGUUAGAGAUACAGACAGACAGACAGAUCCAGUUUGUCUUCUUCCCCUUUAAGUUGGUGCGUCUGCAGUCUCUCUGUGUGUGUUUGCGCACCUGACAUUCUGCAGCUGAGCGAGUGACCGCAGCGCCUUCCAACCACCGACCAAUCACAGGCGCGAACACAAACGCUGCCGUCUCUGAUUGGUGUGCGCUUCUGUCAAUCACAGCUCUGUGCUCAGAGGACUUGACUCGGCCGCUGCAGGAGAGACGCUGCUGAUGGCCUUCGAUCACCCAGGUGAUGAAUAUCCACCCUGUCGGUCCGCUCUAGGCCGUCCCCGACAUGAGACUAGUCCCACGAGACAACUGCCAACUUAAUUUAAGAGCGUGAUUCAUUAAAAUGGCUCUCAUAAUGGAAGGCACACACACAGUGCUGCGUCUGUACAAACCCAUCCAGGAGAUGUGUUUCAUCAGUCUUUACUUUCCUGCCCGGAGACCUCGAGCUUACUCACGUGAUGACUUUGCCUCGCACGAAGUCCAGCCUUCGUACAGAUAUCAGCGUGACCUGAGGGACGAAGACCUCGCCAGGACUAAACAAAGACACCAGUCUUAUGAAUCAGCUGCCAAAGUCUUCCAGUCCAGUGAGGCAAGAAAAGGAGCGAUCGCACAGCUUCACUGGCUGACCUCAGAACACGCUCAGUUGCUGACGGAUGUCUUGUCUUUAUGCGGUGACUGCGCAGACAGAAUCAGGAUGGGUAACCAGGACGGGAGACUUCUGGAGCAACUGGAAGGACAACAUCUCGGACGUGACGUUAGCAGCGGUCACCUGUCUUUAUCCCCGGAGUGUAAGAGAGCAGCCUCCAGGGUUCGCAGGUUAAAAAAAUUGGGUUCUAAGAGGAUGGACAGUGCAGAGGAGUUUUUACAGAACAAGAUGAAAAAGAAGGUGAAGAGCGUAACCACCUCAGAGUUUUCUGUAACCUCACUGCCCAUCCCUGAGGAGCACAAAGCACCUGAAGCAGAUACUCCAGGAUCCGGCUCUUACGUCAGUUUAUCCGAUGAGGCCCUUCUCCCCAUGGACGAGCACUUUCACAUCACCCACGACGGCUGGGAUUUCAUGGAGGAAUCUCGUGUGUUUGAGACAGAAAUGAGUGUCUGCUCUGAACUGGAGGAGUUUGAUAAUCGGCUGUGCCUGGAGUACAGAAGCGCCUCUUGUCAUUCAGUAGAUGAAGACUCUGUUCAGCUAAUGACCAGAGGAAAUCAUUUACAUCAGACUGAAGAAAACAGCAGUAAAUAUCAGGAGCAGGAGAAUCAGCCAUAUGACGAUGAAGCCAACCUCAGAGACAUUAAGUGUAAAGCUGUGGAUAAUCUAAGAGUCAAACACAUGGAGGCCAAAGAGAUUCAGAAAGAGACCGAACACUUCAGAGAGAGUUUUACUCAGGAACACGAGAGGAACGAGUCAUCAGAAACAAUGACCUUAACGCUAUCAUCCCCCAUUGAUGCUAACACAAGAACCUCAAACCUUCGCUCCUGGACCAAGAGUCCUACAUCGUGCUCUCUGUCUGGGGUUUUCAAUUUGUCUUAUCCUCCAACCAACACUCUCAUGAGUAUGUCACCCAUCCUGUCACCUUUAACCUCUAAACUGCCCAGUCCCCAAAUGAACCAUCGUAUCGUGUUGCUACCAGAGGAGGACGAGGGAAACAAACGCUCCUCUAGAGACGAGCACGAAACCACUUCAGAGGUUAUGGAUAAAAAUGGAAACCGCAGGAUGGUGACGAGGUUGGAUCUGAACCUGUGUGAAUCCACUGUCAUGAUCUCAGAAAACUCUGUGUUGCGACCAGAGGACAUCUGGAUGUUAGAUGGUGAUGACUCUAUUACCCAGGAGUCUUUGUGUCAUCCCAACAGACCUGAUCACCUGGAGUUCCUGAGAAUAACCCCUCCAGAGGAUGACAUCAUCAGUGACACUCCAUAUUACCCAAAACUUGGAGUAACGUCUGAGGUCACAUCUCCAUCAGAUGGUGAAGACAAAACCCCUGGACGUCUCCAGGCCGUCUGGCCUCCACCCAAACCCAAGGAUUCAGAGGAGAAGGUGGGCCUGCGUUACACUGAAGCAGAGCAUCAGGCCGCCCUCCUUCAUCUCAAGAGAGAAUCUAAAGAAGACCUGGAGAAACUUCACGCGGACUUUGAGCUGCAGAUUUUUCAGAUUCGAGGGGAGCAUGCGGAGACAGUGUCCCGUCUGGAGGCCGUCAUCUCUAGGAUGCAGCGCGAGCGGUCGUACAACAUCAUACAGGAGCGCGGUGAGAUGCAGGAGGUGGCCGUCUCGACUGAAGACGAUGUGCCGCCCAAAACCUUCCGAAACGUGUGCGUACAGACCGACCGCGAGACCUUCGUCAAAUCUCCUGAUGGUGACAUCACCAAACCAACGUUGAACACCAGCGGCAGCCUGCCCAAAAAACUGGACCUGGAUUCCAUCACGUCGAGUUUGGGUGUAAGUCCAGGAGCCCCCCCUCCUCCACCUCCUCUUCCUGGUCAGCCCUUUGCCCCGCCUCCUCCACCACCUCUUCCUGGUCAGCCCUUUGCCCCGCCUCCUCCACCACCUCUUCCCGGUCAGCCCUUUGCCCCGCCUCCUCCACCACCUCUUCCUGGUCAGCCCUUUGCCCCGCCUCCACCUCCUCCCUUACCUGGACUCGCACCUGGACCGCCACCACCUCCCCCCCUCCCCGGUGCCCCUCCACCUCCGCCCCCACCAGGUCUACCGGGAGCCCCACCGCCCCCUCCACCAAUGCCAGGCAUGGGGGCUCCUCCUCCACCUCCAGCAUUCGGGGGUUUUGGGUUUGGAAUGGUGGCUGAUAUAACUCCACGUAAACCGGCAUUGGAACCGGCGUGUCCCAUGAAACCUCUGUACUGGACGCGAAUUCAGAUUCAGGAUAACAAUAAUAACACACUCUGGAAUGCUCUGGAGGAGCCUGAUAUCGUAAACACCCAAGAGUUUGAGGAGCUGUUCUCCAAAGCAACUGUACAGGCCAAAAAGAAACCUCUGUCAGAUAAAUAUGAGAAGAAGACCAAAGUGAAGAAGCUCAUCAAACUGCUUGAUGGCAAACGUUCCCAGGCUGUGGGAAUAUUAAUAUCCAGUCUACACCUGGAGAUGAAGGACAUUCAGCAAGCUGUACUCACUGUGGAUAACUCUGUAGUUGAUCUGGAGACUAUUGAAGCUUUAUAUGAAAAUAGAGCUCAAGCUGAUGAGCUGCAGAAGAUCAAGAAACAUUACGAGACAUCUACAGAAGAUGAAGUGAAACUUCUGGAUAAACCUGAGCAGUUCCUGUACGAGCUCUCACAGAUACCAGAUUUCGCCAGUCGUGCUCACUGUAUUAUAUUUCGCUCAGUCUUUAUUGAUUCGGUGUCUUCUGUUCGGCGUAAGGUGGAGAUCAUCUCGACUGUCUGCUCGGCUCUUCUGGACAAUGACGCUGUUAAAAAUGUGAUCGGUCUCAUCUUGGCCUUUGGAAAUUAUAUGAACGGUGGAAACAGAAGUCGAGGUCAGGCCGAUGGGUUUGGACUUGAGAUUCUUCCAAAACUAAAGGAUGUCAAGAGCAGGGACAAUCGUAUAAGUCUUGUGGAUUAUGUGGUGUCUUAUUACCUUCGAAACAUGGACAAGGACGCUGGAACAGAUAAAAGUGUUUUCCCGCUUCCUGAACCUCAGGAUCUCUUUCAUGCUGCUCAGGUCAAGUUUGAAGAUCUUUCAAAGGACCUUCGCAAGUUAAAGAAAGAGCUGACAGCUUGUGAACAGGAGGUUCAGCAGGUGUGUGAGAACUCUUCAGAGGAGCAUCUUCAACCCUUUAAAAACAAAAUGGAGUUCUUUAUUAGUACAGCACAAUCAGAUUACACAACUGAAGAGAAGAAUCUACAAGCUGCACAGAAGAGCUUUCAGGACAUGGUGACGUACUUUGGACUCAAACCCAAGGCUGGAGAAAAAGAGGUUUCUCCAAAUUACAUCUUCAUGCUCUGGCACGAGUUCUGUAAUGACUUUAAGAACACCUGGAACCGUGAGAAUAAAAUCAUCUCCAAAGAAAGACUAAAAGAAGCUCAAGAGACCAUCCAAAAAAUCACAGCGGAUAAGAAAGUGGAGACGAAGAAGAUCAACGAAAACAGUCUGAAAGAACGACUUCGAAAGAAAGAAGCAGGUGUCUCCAGCUGAGAUCAAUCAAUCUCAUCACCAUUUAGACUCCUGACAUCAGACCUUCUAAUGACCAUUAGAUCUGUGACUGAUCUCAGAUCAGCGAUGAUGCUUUACAAUCAUUCACAUCAUAAUUAACCAACAUGUUUUAUCAUUAAAGUGAAUGCCAAGUAAACCUCGGUGUAAAGAGAGCAAAUACUGCGAUGAAGACUCAUAGAGAGAGAGAGAGAGAGAGAGAGAGAGAGAGAGAGAGAGAGAGAUUAGUGUUGUAAUGGGACUUAUAGGUCAUAUGAAUCAAUCCAACAUCUUCAUCUUUAUCUUUAUCAAGAGUGCCUCAUCUGUGCUUCAGUCACAGCCUCAAAUCAAUCCAUUAAAACUCACCCAAUGUACAGCUUCAAUGUUAUUAUUUAAACACAUCAUGGGCCAACGUGAUGAUAGAGAUAUUUCUAC